AUGGCACCUCUGCUGCUGUACGCUGCGUCAGCCAUCUUGACGCAGGCGCUGGUGCUGACGCGGUUUGCAGUGGCCGAGGCCGAUUUUCGUCUGUCACGAGCUGUUCGGCCCACACACUACAGGCUGAACCUAGAACCCCAUUUUGAAGAUGAUAAUUUCACUGUAUAUGGAGAGCUCGAGGAAAUCGGUUUAGAGUGUAAAUGUGUGGACUUGCACCAAGUGGUUCAGGAAGAGGUCCACUGGCGGGCUGCUCACAACAUGGAAUGGAUAGACGUGAGGGUGUUACAAGAGUCCUCACAGCUCAUAUUGCACAGCAGUGAGCUACAAAUCCUCACGGUGUCAGUGAAACCGCUGAUGGAAAACGAAACGCUUGAAGCUCUGCCAUUUCCGGAAGGCCAGAUACGCAAUUACAAUUACCAUGACAACUGGAACAAGACUCUGUUGUUGGACCCUGAAAGUGGAACUGUGAGAGUGUUCGCCCAAUUAAGGGCUGGAGUACGCUAUCGCCUGCAUUUUCUGUACAAGGGACACCUUUCGAACACACUCACUGGGUUCUACAAGUCCUCUUACAAAGACAGUCACAACAAGACCAGGUGGCUGGCCUCCACGACGUUCGAGCCGAACGAGGCUCGCCGAGCCUUCCCUUGUUUCGAUGAGCCUGGGUUCAAGGCUCGCUUCCAGGUGAACCUGGCGAGUCGUGACGACGCAGUGGCGCUGUCCAACAUGCCUCGACGCUCACUGCACAACAAGACGGGAGCGCGUGGCUGGGUGUGGAAUCGUUUCGAGGAGACGCCACCCAUGUCCCCAUACCUGGUGGCCUUCUUCGUGGGAUGGCUGGAAUCCCGCGAGACUCGGACGGCGAAUGGAACUCCGUUCCGUGUGUGGGCGCGUCCCGAGGUGAUGGCGCAGACACAGUAUGCACUGGACAUCGGACCACGUAUCCUCGACUUCUUCAGCAGCCUCCUAGGGGUGCCAGACCCACUCCCCAAGCAAGACGUUUUGGCACUGCCCCAUUUCGUUGCUGAUGCCCUCGAAAACUGGGGACUCGUCUCCUUCGGAGAGAAGUACCUACUACAUGAUGUGGGCGUGUCGCCUGCUUCCAGAAAGCAACAGGUGGCCAGCAUUGUGUCUCACGAGUUGGCCCACUCCUGGUUCGGCAACAUGGUCUCCGUGAGCUGGUGGGAGGACAUCUGGCUGAACGAGGGGUUCGCAACCUACUUCUCUGCUAUGGGGACCAACCAUGUGGACCCCAAGUGGGACACAUUCUCCGUGACGUCAGUUACCGCCUUCCUGAAGGUGUUCUCGGUGGAUUCAUUGCAGUCUUCGCAUGCUCUCACCAUCCCCAUCGGCCAUCAGAGCGAGCUGCGACAGAUAUUCGACACACUCACUUAUUACAAAGGUUAUUACCUGCUGCGCAUGCUCAAUCACACUUUGGGGCAGGAAACGUUCUUGAGUGGCUGCAGACAAUACAUCAGACAGCAUAAGUUCGGUGUUGUGAACCAACGAGACCUCUGGAAGGCAUUGACAUUGCAGGCCCAUAAAAACGGAUCCCUUGCUCCCGGGCUCGAGUUGUACCGCCUCAUGAAUACCUGGACAUUACGACCGGGGUUCCCCGUCGUCACGGUGGGCAGGAACUACACAACAAGAAGUGCCACCGUCACGCAGGCGAGGUUUGAGCGUCCGAUGGAGGAUGUGGAGGCACGCGUGGGACAAGCCGAAUUCUGGUGGGUCCCCAUCACCUACACCUCUGAACCAGAACUUGAUUUUGAUUCAACACGGCCUCGUCUCUGGUUGGAUCCGGCAAUGAACGAGACAAACCUCACCGACAUGCCGGGCCCUGACCACUGGGUGCUCUUCAAUGUGCAGGCUGCAGGCCUGUACCGUGUGAACUACGACCUGAGGAACUGGAAGCUCAUAUCUGAGUUCCUGAACAGCAACAAAUACACGGACAUCUCGGUGCUGAACCGUGCGUUACUUCUGGACGACGCGAUGAACCUCGCUCGGGUUGGCCUACUGCCAUAUGAGGUAGCCCUGAAUGUGAGCAGUUACCUGCAUCACGAGACCCACUACCUGCCCUGGAAGGCUGCCCUCCAUAACCUGGACUAUAUAGCACGCAUGCUUCGUCUCACUGACGGAAUCACCGGCUACAGGCGCUUCAUCCUGUACCUGGUGCAGCCACAGUUCCGAGAACUGGGCUUCGAACCCAACCAGAAUGACAGUUAUCUAAGAAGUCUGCAACGGAAGGAGAUGGUACGAUGGGCGUGUCUAACCGGUGACCACGUUUGUGUGCAGAAGGCAACAACGCUGUUCAAGAGCUGGAUGGACGGCAAGUUAAAUCCGGUGCCCCGUAGCCUGAGAUCUGCAGUCUACUGCACGGCCAUCGCGCGAGGCGGGCCUGCGCAUUGGCAGUUUCUGUGGAAGCAAUACAAGAUGGCCACCAUCGUGUCCGAGAGGAACAGCGCCCUGAAGGCCCUGGGUUGCACUGAAGACACUGGCAUACUCAAACAGUACCUGCAACGGUCAGUGCAGAUGGGGUCCGGUGUGAAGUCUGCAGACAGCGUCGCCGUGUUCAAAGCUGUCGCUUCAACUGACACCGGCUUCAAUAUCGCCAAAGAAUUCUUUAUCAACAACGCUGAAAUUAUCGAAAAGGCGUACCUGCAACGGUCAGUGCAGAUGGGGUCCGGUGUGAAGUCUGCAGACAGCGUCGCCGUGUUCAAAGCUGUCGCUUCAACUGACACCGGCUUCAAUAUCGCCAAAGAAUUCUUUAUCAACAACGCUGAAAUUAUCGAAAAGGCGUAUGUUGAGAUUCCGGGUUCAAAUCUUGGCCAAGACGUGCUAUCCAGAUCAAGGGCGGCACCAGAAUACUUUCCAAGGGAACGGGGGAAGAGGGGACAACAAGUGCCAGCAUUUUUUCCUGGGAGGUUUCAACAGUAG